AUGACAGGGCCAGGCCGUGCAGUGCCAGAGGCUCACAAAGCACAGCCUGCUCAAGUGAACGGGCAGAGUUCGCAACCUGAGACUUCAGCGCAGCGAGCGCAAGCACAGCCAGCGCAGCGAGCAAAACGGCCGCAACCGGAGCAGCAUCAGCAAGCACCACCAGUGCAGAAGUCACCAUCAAACCAACAAACGCAACAGCACAAGCCCCAGCAAGAGAAGCAGCAGCCACAGAAUACAAAGCAGCCGCCGCAGCAGCAGCGAGCGUUGCAGGAAGCAUUGCCACCAGGUGAACAGCCUGAGACGGACACAACUGCAGCGAGGCCGAAGCAAAAGCGCGCAAAGACCGCGGCCAAGGCUUCAGCCCUGAGAGUAGCGGAAGAGGGAUCGAAGCGUGAGGCAUCUCCAGCCAAGACGCCUCGCCCUUCCAAAAUCCGAGCAGCAAAGACGAUGCCCAGACCUAGCGAUGCGAAGCAAGGUCCGGAUAACGAAGGCACGGCCGAAGCAAUGGCAGGCUAUGCCAGCGGCUAUGCUGCAUUGGCUGCGGCAUGUUUGGAAGCCGCACAGGAAGAGGAGGAGGAAGCGCAGCGACGCGCUGAACUGCCGGCCAUCAAACCCAUAGCUUCCAAAGAAGAAGCAUCACCAUCUCAGAGCGUUCAAGCCGCAUCUGUCGCGGGGAAUCUAUCUCAGCUGCUCUUAUCAGCGGAUGGUCCCCAGCAAUGUCUUGGCGGGGCAUUGCCCCAGACCGCCAUCUCUCCUCCAACGUCCGCUUUGCCCGUCACUUCACCAGCACCGACACCACUGCCACCUCCACCUCCACCCCCCCCGCCACCAGUACAUGCAGAGCUCGCGCAAGAGCUUGCACCAGCUUGGCCACCCCAGCCGUUGGUCAUGCCGAUGGCUGUGGCAACAGCAAAAACAGCCCCGGCAUUUCAGAAGUCAGAGGUUGCACCGAUCACGCCAUCCAGACUGGGAUUAGCAGCACCAGUCACACCACCAAAAGCAACUGCUCCAGAACGUGCUCCGUGGAGAUCUGGGCCUUUGCUGCUGCCACCGCCACCUACUCGAUCACCUUCACUUCGACAGGAGCUGUAUACAUCGCUGGUCAACACGGACACGAAGCUUGGUGCCGAAGUUAUGAAUCUGCGGCCGAAAAGCUGCGCGGCAUCGUCACAAGCGCCUCCUGCAAGAGGCGUUGAGGAUCUGAAUGAUAUCGCAAGCUGGGUUGCGUGGUGGGGCCUGGGCAAGUAUCAGGCAAGGCUGAUUGACAACUACGAUGACGUGGACCAGAUCUGCAGUCUUCAUGAGAACAGUUUGCAGACGUUUUUUGCAGACAACCAAGUUGACAACAAGGAAGACCAAUUGCUCUUCGAGAACGCCAUCUCUGCUUGGAGCAGCAAGCUUCAUUGA